UAACAAGUCACGUAAAGUCCCCGGGGAGAGAAUGACUAGGCGAUGUACCCUCUUCCUCAGGUUUACGAGAAACAAAAAUACAGUGAUACCUCAGUGCAAAGCUGGAAGGAUAAAUAAUGCUUUGGUCGGGAGCCAUUUGGAAGCAAAACAACGAAGCAGGGAGGGGGUUGAGGGUGCCUGAGCGCCUGGCUAAGGCUCCUGUACUGAUCAGCGCUGCAUGAUGCAGACAAACAGUGGAGAAAGAGAAAGAGGAGGAGGAGGAGAGGAAGGAGGAGCGAGCGGGGGAACAGACUGGCUGAGGCUCAGAGCUCUCAGUCUGUCCUCUGAGCUUCGAGAAGCAGCUUCUCUCUGCUCUCCCUCUCUCCCUCGCACACACCGGCUUUCCUAGUCUUUCGGCUGAGCUGUUAAGAGCAAACGCGGUGGCUGAGGGGCUCACUGGCUCCAACUCCUCCCCGCACCAUGCUGCCCUGGAGAAGGAAUAAGUUUGUUCUGGUGGAGGAUGAGUCCAAGAGUAAACCCAAGAGCCUGGGGACCGGGCUGACCUAUCACUCCAUCCUCUCCUCUCUUCUGCGCUCCUGUCCUGACUUGCUGCCCGACUGUCCCUUCGACUGGGUGGGCAGCAUCUUUCAUACCAAACGACAAAAGGUGGAACUGAACAAAGAGGAGCCUGUUUACAAUGUGCGCUACCUGGGGAGUGUGGUCACCAUCACAGCAAAGGGAGACGGCUGCACCCAGGAGGCAGUGGCCAAGAUCUGGGCGAGGAGCAACUACGGGGAGCAGAGUGUCAAGAUGAGGUUAACAGUGGGAUCGCAAGGCAUCCGGAUGAGUGCUGACAAAUCUGGGAAAAAGAAACCCAUCCAUCUUUACUCCCUGAACAGAAUCACCUACUGCAACGCUGACCCGUGCCGACCAAAGAUCCUGGCUUGGAUCUACAGGCACCAGGUCAAGAACAUGGCCGUGGUGCUCCGGUGUCACGCUGUCCUGGUUAGCAAGUCCGAGAAGGCCCAGGCCAUCGCCCACAGCCUCUACCAGAACGCCACCUCCGCCUUCAGCGAGUUCAAACGGCUGAAGCGUCAGAGCGAUUUCCGGCACUGCCAGCAGCAGCUGCUGGGUGAGGAGGCGGUGCCCCUGAUGCCACUGAGGAGGCUGCUGAACGGCCAGUGCCACUACAGACCGCCUGCCGACAACCCUGGCACCGCCACCCGCCUUUGCUCCAUCACAGAGGAAGAAGAAGAGGAGGAGGAAGAGGAGGAGGACAGCAAAGAUGAGAAGCAGGAGGUCAAAGAACCAGAGGAGUAUGUAGGGGAGCAGCAGGAGAAACAGAAGGUUUUCACAACAAACACAGACCCAACUCAGUUAUUAUCAGAGCUGGACAUUGGGGAUAUUGCCAGACUGGAGCAGUGCCAAAUCAACUUUGUCAGUGACAGCAACAACAACACGUUUACAUUUAUAACCUCUCUGGUGUGACAAAAACGCAGCUUAAAGAAUGCGAUUCUGCAGCACUACAGUAACACAUUCCUCUCUUUGCCCUUCACUGGUACCCCACUCAGGCUCCCUCCUGCCCUGUCCAUACUGUGAAGUGUUUACCAGAAACUUCUCCCACUAUAAGGUGGUAGAGAAAAGGCAGAAGAUCGUUCUGUGGGAGUAAUUUCUCUUCCGGACAGAUGGCUCGAAUGCUGGUUUGACUGUAGCAGUUUGGGAAACUGCUUGUUUACAAAGAGGGCUGGUGAUGCACAGACUAACGAUAGCACAAUGACGAACGAGGACAAUGGUUUCAUAAAAAGAGCGCUGACGCUGAGAUCACUGACAUGCGGGUCACAUAUUGAUCGCAGCACCGAGCAGGAUGUGUUUAUUAGUCCUCUAUCUCUUGUUUUUGUGAGUAUAAUUAACGCUGAGUUUGCCAGCAGGGACAUUUUUUUGGAUCGACUUGUAAUAUUUUUUCAGGGAGGUUCUUUGUAAAUUUGUGUAAUUUUUCUAAUAUGACAAUCCUCACUGAAAUUCACAGACUGACCUUUCUGACUGCUUACAAUCAGAAGUUUAUUACGGUUUUACUAAUGAUGACAGCCGACUAAUGAAUAAGGCUGUAAUUUUAGGAAGCAAGCCAUUCAGUCGACAUGUUUAUUGCUGUCAUUUGUUACCGUCCUUAUCAUUUAUGCAUGACGUGUCAGCAGUAACCUUUUCAUGCUGAGCUUUUUUUCAUUUUUCAUGUGACAUCUUUGAUCCUUUGGCUUUUAAAAUGAACACUGUGAUAAAUGUGUGACCAGGGACAAUACACAACUGUUCAUGCAGCAAUGUCUAAUUUAUGUAAUGCAUUUUUAAUUUAUACAUAUAUAUAUAUACACCUGUUUCUGUGUCACCUGGUUUUCCAAAACAACAAGAACAACAAAAAACCCAUUUCAAUUUGCCAUCGAUGUGCUCUGUUUAGCCAAGUUUUUCCACGUGAGCCCUUGCAAAAAUGCAGAUGGAUCCUUACGAUUGAACACAAACUGUUUUGAAUAUGACUUUAACUAAUUUCCUGUUGAUAAUAUCUGUGCUACUGUCUAAAGAUGCAUUGUGAUUAUUAUGAGAUGAAGCUAUUUAUUUUCCGAAUAUGAUGAAUAAAAAUUACCCUCA